AUGGAAAUCACCCCGGUUGAAAUAUUCAAAGAAGACAAUAAUAAGUGCCUGCUUGAAGACUGUGCGGUGAAUUCUUCAGCCUGGAUGUCCGGAUACUCCGAGAGCCACAAUCUCACCCACGAUGAUAACUGGGAGCCGGAAGGCAUGUCUCCCAUCAUCCCCAUCAUCACCGCAGUCUACUCUGUGGUGUUUGUGGUCGGCUUGUUGGGCAACUGCCUCGUCAUGUAUGUGAUCAUCAGGUACACAAAGAUGAAGACAGCCACCAACAUUUACAUUUUCAACUUGGCCCUGGCCGAUGCCCUCGUCACCACCACCAUGCCCUUCCAGAGCACGGACUACCUGUUGAACACCUGGCCCUUUGGCGAGGUGGUCUGCAAGGUCUUCAUCUCCAUCGACUACUACAACAUGUUCACCAGUAUCUUCACGCUCACCAUGAUGAGUGUGGAUCGCUACGUGGCCGUGUGCCACCCGGUGAAGGCCCUGGACUUCCGCACUCCCAUCAAAGCCAAGAUGAUCAACGUGUGCAUCUGGAUCCUGUCGUCGGCGGCGGGCAUACCUGCUUUUAUCCUCGGUGGCACCCAGACGAAGAGCGACAUAACCGAGUGUGCCUUACAGUUCCCAGAGCCGUACGUGUACUGGGACACGUUGAUGAAGAUAUGCGUGUUUGUCUUCGCCUUCGUCGUUCCCGUGCUCAUCAUCACCGUGUGCUACUCCCUCAUGGUCCUGAGGCUGAAGAGCGUCCGGAUGUUGUCCGGCUCCAGAGAAAAAGACCGCAACCUGAGGCGGAUCACGCGGCUGGUGGUGGUCGUGGUGGCCGUGUUCGUGGUCUGCUGGACGCCCAUUCACAUCUUCAUCCUGGUCAAGGCGCUCGUGGGCGUACCGGAAACCACCGCCAUCAUGGCCGCCUACUUCUUCUGCGUGGCUCUGGGCUACACAAACAGCAGCCUGAACCCCGUCCUGUACGCCUUUCUGGAUGAGAACUUCAAACGAUGCUUCAAGGACUUCUGCCUCUCGGCCAAGCUGAAGGGGGAGAAGGUGUCGGGGAGCAGGAAGACCCCCAGCGUGCGGCAGGCCGCUGUUCCCCUUGGGAACCCGGAUGGGACUAGAAAGCCAUCAUGA